CUCUGAGCUUGGACCCGCGGCACCCCAGGAGGCCCCACUGGCCUGCCACCCCCAGAACAGCCCUCCCCGCGGGCGGAGACAGCAAGACAGAGUCGCCGCCCCGCCCUGCCGCCCGGCAGUACCCCGAGGCCGGCGCAGGUCCCCCAGUUCCGGAGCAGCCACGGCGCGGAGUAUGGGGCUCUGAUGGCCAUGGACGGCUACCGGGGCUUCCUCGGGCUGCUGGUGUCGGCGCUGCUUGUCGGCUUCCUGUCGGUGCUCUUCGCGCUCGUCUGGGUCCUCCACUACCGAGAGGGGCUCGGCUGGGACGGCGGUUCGCUCGAGUUUAACUGGCACCCUGUGCUCGCGGUGACCGGCUUCGUCUUCAUCCAGGGCAUCGCCAUCAUCGUGUACAGACUGCCAUGGACCUGGAAGUGCAGCAAGCUCCUGAUGAAGUCCAUCCACGCAGGGUUAAAUGCCGUGGCUGCCAUCCUUGCCAUCAUCGCUGUGGUGGCUGUGUUUGAUUACCACAGUGUCCAAAGAAUCCCCCACAUGUACAGUCUGCACAGCUGGGUGGGACUGACAGCUGUCAUCCUCUACGUCCUACAGCUUGUGCUAGGCCUUUUCAUCUUCCUGCUUCCAUGGGCCCCGCUUUCUCUCCGAGCUGUUGUCAUGCCCAUACAUGUCUAUUCCGGACUUCUCCUCUUUGGAACAGUGAUUGCCACAGUCCUCAUGGGAGUGACAGAGAAGUUGUUUUUCGUCCUGAAAGAUCCUACUCCAUACCAUUCACUCCCACCAGAAGGUGUUUUCACAAAUACCCUGGGCCUCCUGAUUCUGGUGUUUGGGGCACUCAUUUUUUGGAUUGUCACCAGGCCACAAUGGAAACGUCCUAAGGAGCCAGGUUGUACCCUUCUUCAGCCAAACGGAGGUGCUACAGAGGGAAUGGAAGGUGCCAUAGCAGCAAGCUCUGGUGAUGACACAGACAAAGCAGAUGCGGAAUUAAGCAGUGAAGGAGCAGCCAGGAAACGAACCUUUGGCCUUGAUGAGACUGGCCAGAGAUCCACCAUGUGAAAUGUUGUAGAAGUAACCAUGUAACUUGUCUUUGAAAACCAGCUCUACGGUUUAGCUUCUCCUGCCUAGCCAUAAGAAGACUGAGCUACAUAAUAGCCCUGUUUACCAGAACCAUCAAGGAGGAUUUCUUGAGAGAGAUUAUAUUGUUUGGGCCUGUGAACUCACCUGAACAUGAAAGGACAUAAUAUAAGUUGUGAUUGUCACCUCUUUCUUCUUGAGGACCAAAGUGCUCGAUGUGCCUGUUGGCCGCUUGUUUAAUAAGCUGGCAGCGCCUUUGGCCUCUUGUCACACAGUCAUGCCCCUUUAAUUCUGGAAGCCUAGUGAUUUCAGAACUGGGUGGAACCAGCCCUAAGUUUUAAAAUGAGAUCAUGAAAAUCUGGAACAACGAUUAGACCAUGAUGCCACACAGAUAUUGUGGCUAGAAUAUAGAAAAGAAAGAAAAAGCUUUAGGAAAAUAACUUGCUUCCUUCUGCUCCUUGCCCAGAUGGUUUGCAUUGAGUUGUCCCCCUCCCUGACAUGAAGGUUUAUAUGAGGGCAUUUUGGAGCAGUUUCUGGGUCAUAGGUAGCUGAAGAGAACUCUAGAAAAUUUUUGUAACUUUUAACUCAACGCCAAGACUUCCAGGAAUUGCUGUUCAGCUUCUAAAUCUCUUAUAAUGAAAACAUUCCUGAAUGUUCAAGCAGCAGAAACUGCACACUGCGAAGAACACUUUUCCUUAAGUUUCUGUUUUUAGUUUUCAAAGCACUUACCUGGCCUUACUAUUGCACCAGACACUCUACUAAGAUAGACUUUGUGAGACAGGUCUUGUUACGAACCCCGUUUUUAAGUGAAAGAUCUGAAGCUUGGAAAGGUUAGUAUCUUGGCCCAGCAUCACACAGUUCUUCAGCGAUGGAACUGACAUUCAAACCCCGGUCGUCUGGUUCCCCUGUCUCUGACCCUACUUUUCCCUAGGCAGCUUUUCCUGUCUAUACUAAUUUUCACUGCUCUGGUUACUCUAGAAAUCCAGGUUGGCUCCUGAAUAAAUUUAGUUGCUGAGUGGAGGCCGGUGGAGUGUUUCAGAAAGCUGCUUUACCUUUGGUCCUUUUCCAAGUGCCCCAAGACGGCAUGGAAAAAGGCGUCAUGCAUACUUGGACACAGAUCUUGGAGCCUCUGCCACUGCCAACAAGCCAGAGCCUGCCUGGAUGCCCUUUUAAUCUUAAAAGUCCAUCUGUCCUGCUGACAGAUUUGGGCAAGAAUAUCAUAGCAUUCAGGAUUAACUAAAUCAUUAUGGUCUUUGAUCCUCAGGAUCUUAGCUGCUGAACAACUUAUCUGGAGAGACCUGCAUCAUGAGCUGCCUUUCCCUAGGGAACUAGGCAGGGUCCUUCCUGAUUUUCCUGGAAUCUUAGGGAACUUUGGGUUCUUAGCACAGAAUUGAGACUUAAAGGUGAUUGCUUUUCAUGCAGGGAGACUUCUAUCUAGGCUCUUAACUUUAAGACUAAAAUGGAACCCUGACACAGUGUGUAUGCUGAAAAGUUGCAUUAGGAUUUUGGUUGAUUUUUGCCUUUCUUGCAAUUUCUAAUUGAAGCUUUUUAGAGCUGGGUGCUGUAGUGUUAGCCUAUAGUUCUAGCUGCUUGAGAGGCUGGCACUUGAGCUCAGGAGUUUAGGGCCAGCCUGAGCAGCAUAGUGAAGCCUCAUUUCUUUUGUUUUUUUGAGUUUCUGGUAACCCAGGCUGACCUCACUCAGGGUGACCUUGAACUUGUGAUAUUCCUUGCCUCUGCCUCCCAAGUCUCAGGACUAGGCAUGUGUCACCAGCCACAGUGUCCCAGUGAAAUUCUGUCUCUUAAAAAAAAUUAAAUCCAAAACACAAGCAUUUUAGUGUGAAUAAAACUUUGCAGUUUACACCAAGUACACUUAAAUACAUUCGGUACUUAGUGAACUUCCUUUUAGGUAACAUGAUUCCAAAGACCAGACACCAGGUUAUAUAGCCUUGUCAAAUCUUGUAAACUUCAUAACCAUACAGAAUUCCUUCAAUGCAACAUUGCCUUCUUUUUACUUAGUUCUAUUUCCAAAAUUGGCAAUAGUGUCAGGAUUCUGAGUGACCAAUCCAAGGCCUGGCACAUAGUAGCACAAUUAAAUUCAAUGUGCAUACUGGGGGUGUAACUCAGUAAAGUGUGUAGCAUACACAAAGCUCUGGGUUCAGUCCCCAGCACCAUGUAAACUGGGUGUGGUGGUGGCAAAUGCCUGCAAUCCCAGCACUCAGGAGAUGGAUCAGGAAUCAAGGUCAUCCUCAGCUACAUAGAGAGUUCAAGGCUAGCCUGAACAGGGUCUCAGAAAUCCAAUAAAUAAGACAUAACACUUGGUAAGUGAUGGGCUAUUAUACAGAAGUGUGUCAAAUCUAGGGUUAUUUUGAAGGGAGAAUGAGGGGCUACUGAAUCCCAAGAAUCAUGGCUCCCAUUCCUUUUUAUACAGGCCAAGAGAGACGCUAGCAGUGCAAAGCUCACUAUUUGGCGCUAGAAUACCUCCAUUGCAAAGUAUUUGAAUCUUUGGUUUUCUGUCAGGUGGACUAAUGUGAGGGUAAUAGUAUAGGAACUUCUUUUCUUUCUUCUUCAGCCUUUAUGAUAGGAUGCAUGGUACAAUAUAUCUAGAAAAUCUAUUUGAGACUCUUCUUUUAAUGGGCUUUUUAUUUUAAUGAUAAUUACACCUUUAUCUUUCAAAUGCUGAUAUUUCCUACCUAAAGCAUCUCCCCCAAAAAUAUCGCAUUAAAAAGUCUGCAAAGAAUAGGGGAGAAGAAAGGCUUGGGUAUCAAUUCCAAGCAGUGAUUGAAAUCUCCCCAAAUAAUUAUAGCUUAUAUCUUCCACAGAGAUAAUCUGGCAUGGCUUACCCCAUAAUCUAAUUUCAGAAAAGAAAGCUUUAUUUGAACACUGAUCUACAUCAACACGAAGGCCUUUUCUUUCCAAGGACUUAGUGAGAAGGCUAAAUGAAUAUACUUUAUUGAAUUAAUGCCACCAGAAGUGUUCAGUUUCCCAUGCUUGUGUCAAACAUAGCCCACCCUCCAAGUCACCGUCCUCCUUUUACAAGUGUGGUCUCAUUUAAGCUGUGCGCAUAGAAACAGCAUCUGGGACCUUACAAUGAAAUGACAGAGUAAGGCAACUGCACUUUUUUAAGGAAUGCUGACAAGUGUUUUCUGUUUUCUAAAGGACAAAAUUAAAUGUAUAUUCCAUUCUAAUUAGGCUCUGUUCCCUGCUAAGCUGGAUGUCCCAGUGCCUACUUUUUUUUUUUUUUUUUAACCGUUAUGGCCACAUUGAAAGUGCUUUCUCCCAGUUUUGUUGUGUCAUGAUGGAAUGUGUAUCUUGGAAUGUCUUUUUUCAAAUAACGCCAACAGGGAACUUUUAACUGCCGUGUCUUAUAGCUGCACAUAGGAAGGCAUAGAAGAAAAAGAUUAUUAUUUACGAGGUACCUGAACACUUUAAGUGGGAAAGAAUUCUAUCUUUAAAUUUGUCUUUUUAUCUCAACACAUUGAUUAAAAAGUACUAAAUAUCUUGACUUUUAUAAUUUUGUAGGAAAAAUAUGCAUCUAUUUUUCUUGACUUUUUAUACAGUAAUAAAAUGAUACUUUCAAGCUCUU